AUGGCUCACGUAAAUAUUUACAUCAUAGGAUGUGUAAUCUGUCUUCAAAGUUUAACAGAUUGUAUACAAUCAACAAUUGGUCAAUAUAUUUAUUCAUAUUAUUUAUUAAAUUUCAAUAAAACAAACGAAAAUUCUACUAGAAUUGAUGCACAAGCUUGGGCACAAGCACAAUCGGCUGAUUUAGUUUCUAAAAAGGAUGUUUUCAGCAGUUUCCCAUUAAUACUAAUGACAUUUUUAUUAGGUUUAUAUAUAAAUAAAUUAGGACGAAAAUGUCUUUUAAUCUGUUCAAUAUUUUGUGAUACAAUUCAAAUGGUCAUUUGGUUAUUAAUUAUUUAUUUACAAUUAGAUAAAUAUUGGUGGUAUAUUUCAUCUUUUAUUUCAUCGUUAGCUGGUUCAGAUGGAAUUUGUCAUCUUGUUUUAAAUUUAUAUGUUACUGAUUGUACAAAAGAUGACAAUCGAUCAAUUUCUUUCGUUGUUCUUGAAGCAAUCAAAGCAGGUAUUUCAUCAAUUGGAAAUUUAUCUGUUGGAUAUUAUAUAUCACAUCGAGGUUUUAUUGAAUUGUAUUAUUAUGCAAUUCUAUUACAAUUUCUAUCAAUAUUAAUUGCUAUUCUAUUUUUUAAACAUUCUUCAUCUUUGUCAAUAAGAAGAUCAUCAUUACCCAUAGAAAUUUAUUCUGAUAUUCAGAUUGGAAAUUCUUGCUGUUCAAAAAUGAAAUUUCCGAAGAAAAACUUAACAAUUAUUUUAUUAAUUUUAUUUUCUUAUCUUUUUUCUUUAUUAUCAAAUUCAGCAUUAUGGUCAAAUUUUCUAUGGUAUUUAUUAAAUAAACCAUUUAAUUGGUCAUCAGUACAAAUUGGAACUUACAAUUCUUUACGUUCAAUUCUCACUGCAAUAUUUAGUAUUUGUGGAAUGAAAUUUUUUGUCUAUAUGUCAGUUAAUGAUUCAAUUAUUUGUUCAUUUAGUCAUAUUUCUUUCAUUUUCUUAUCCAUAUGGUUGAUUUUUGCAAAACAACAUUGGCAUUUAUAUAUAACAUUAUUAAUAAUUCCAUUUCUUGAUUAUCAAAAUUCGUUAACAUGGUCAAUGAUAACAAAAUUUGUCACAACCAGUGAAUAUCAUUUGAUCUUUACUAUUCUUACAAUGAUAGAAACAAUGUGUACAAUAUUAGGCGAUGGAUUUUUUAAUUGGAUUUAUGAAUUGACUGUUAAUCAUUUAUCAUAUUUUGUUUUUAUUAUUUCUGCUGGACUUUCAAUGAUUCCAUUAAUACUUAAUAUACAUCUUUUCAUAAUCAAUCGACGAUCAUCGUCAUCAUCAAUAGAUAUCAACAAUCAUGAAGGAGAUGAUAGUGAUUUAAUUGAUUGCGAAAUGUCGGUAGAAUUGGAACAAAAUCAAGGUGAUUUAAUUAGUUUUCAAUAA